AUGAAGUUUGGCGAGUCGCUCAAUGAGAGUUUGGUGCCUGAAUGGAAAGAGCAAUAUGUUGAUUACAAGGCAGGUAAGAAGAUCAUCAAGAAGGUUACUCAGUUGUAUGAGGAGAUCAACGGACGCAAGACCUCUGACGUGACCCCACUAUUGAAUCCGUUGGACGCUGAUACCAACUACGUUCAUGAUGUUCCAGAGGAGGACCUUGGCGAGCUGGCACUUUACAACCAUGCUGAAACGAACGCUCGCCGCAGACAGUCGAUAUUCAAUCUCUCGAUGAAAUCAGCCAAAAACAAGAAGGAAGACUAUUAUAAUGAGCGAACCAAUUUCACCACCUGGGUCAAUGAGGAGUUGGAAAUGGUUAAUCGAUUCUAUGUGGAGAAGGAGAAAGAGAUUUAUGAACGGUUUCUUGUGCUUGAGGAUCAGUUCUAUCAGUUGAAAGAGCACCGGUUGCAGAUGUCUAAACGUCAACUGGAGGACGCCCACCAUGCGAAGAAUCCCGUCAAUGUCAAUGUGACCGGCUGGUAUGCGGAAUUACGUCGCAGAUUGUUGCCGGUAGCGAGGUAUGAGUUCCCAUCGUUACCAUCUGCCACAUUCUUGGAGAAAUGGAAAUCCAAGAAGAACAAGCUGGACGAUGUGCGCAUGUCCACAAACGUGGCUGCUGACGAGAUUGAGUACUAUCCAAACUUGCGAGAGAACCGUAUCCGUAACGGAGAUCUGAUCUCUGACACCGAUGACCUGCUGAUCGGCAGCAAUCAGGACAAUGUUCUCCAGCAACGGCCCUCCUCCGAGCAACGGACCAGAAUGAACAGAAGAGACUAUGUGGUCAAGAAAAAGUUUGACGUGCCUUAUUUUUAUGCAAGAAAGCAGCUUAAAAGGGCAUUGAUCGAGCAUUACCGGUCCAUUUCAUUGCUCAAGUCGUACCGAGUGUUGAAUCGUACUGCGCUUCGAAAAAUCACUAAGAAAUUCGAUAAGGCCAUUCUGGCAAAGAUUUCCAAGGACUUCAUGGACAAGGUUGACAAAGAAGCAUACUUCCAGACCAGUGAGGUGCUAGACAAGAUCGCCAGCAGAAUCGAAGACUUAUUUCUUACGUUCUUCGACGCAGAAAAGACAGAUAAAAAACAUGGCUUGGAAAAGUUGCGUAGUGCUACCUAUGCAUACAACAACGCCGAUAUCAGAUUGCCUCUGUUUUACAAACCAGUUUUUGGCUCUGGAUUGUUUCUAGGUGUUGGAGUUCCUUUGCUCAUCAUUGCACUUGUCUCUGGACUCGAGAAGACUCUUGACAAGGAACUUCCAGAAGGCAAGUUUUUGUUGCAGAUCUGGGGUGGAUUCUUUAUGAUGAACCUCAUGUUACUCCUCAUUGGCCUCAACUUCCUCGUUUUCACCAAGUUCAAGAUCAACUACAAAUUCAUUUUUGAGUUCAAUUUGACCACAGCUUUGGACUACAAACAAUUUCUAUUAUUGCCCAGUUUUGGCUUCGGCAUAUUGGGAAUCCUUUGCUUUCUCUCAUUCCAGAACUAUUGGCCUAACGUUUUUCCAGGACGGGACUUUCCGUUGCUCUACCUUGGAAUUUGUCUUGCAGUGUUUCUCUGGCCAGGUGCUCAAUUCUACCCUGCUAGUCGAAAGUGGCUCCAGAUUGCCUUGUGGAGAAUCAUAUGCUCGGGAUUGUAUCCUGUCGAAUUCAGAGAUUUUUCUGGUGGAGACUGGUUCUGCUCCUUGACAUAUUCUAUGGGUAACUUAUCUUUUUUCUUCUGUCUUUACGCCAGAGACUGGAGGGGAUUAUUGCGUGGAGGCAUAGCCCGGAGCAAAUCCAAAUGUGGAUCGGACAAUUCACAUCUAAUGGGAUUUCUAGCUGCGUUACCUUCAAUCUGGCGUUUGCUCCAAUGUGUUCGGCGUUUCAUGGAUUCCGGAGAUGCUUUUCCCCAUUUGGCAAAUGUGGUCAAGUACCUGGUCGGCGUGGCACAAUACGCUUUGCUUAGUAUGUGGAGAAUCGAUAGAUCUCAAGGAUAUCGAGUAUUAUUUAUAAUUGUUGCCUCCGUCAACUCUAUUUAUUGUUCCCUUUGGGACAUCAUCAUGGACUGGUCCUUGGGCCAGACAAAUUCUAAGAACUUUUUGCUUAGAGACCACUUGUUUUUCGGCAAUCCAGCUUAUUACUAUACUGCGAUAGUGCUCAAUGUGAUCUUGCGGUUUCAGUGGAUCUUCUAUGCUUUUUUCUCCCACCAGAUCCAGCAGCUGGCCGUGACUAGUUUUGCUAUUGCUGUGGCAGAGAUAAUCCGUCGUUUCAUCUGGUUUUUCUUCAGAUUGGAAAACGAACAUUGCACCAAUGUCAUUCUUUUCAGAGCGUCACGCGACUCUCCUUUGCCCUACAUGGUGACUUCCAAGGUGGAGAGAGCUAUUAAGAAGUUGGUCGUUGCACGGUAUGAGAAACAUCUGUCCAUGGAGAACGAGUUUUCCAUGGAUGCCGUGGAGCGGACCGGUCAGCCUUCCGUGGGAAGAACCACCGCUUACAGUGGAAGCACUGCAACAAAGGUCUACGACGAAGAACAAUCUAUUGAUGGACGGAGCGAAAUUGAGAAUCGUCUUGCACGUCGGAAGUCUACGUUUACGACCAUCUCAGCUGCGUUGAAUCGUGCCCAUAUCAAGGAUUUCCAGAGAAAGAAGCUUACGAUGCAGAUUGACGAAAGUGACGAGGACGAGGAUGAUGACGACGACGCAGGACUGAUAACAUGA